AGAAACCAGUCAGCUUAUCCCCCAGUUCACAUAUAUGUGGCCGUGCGGGCCGCGUUUUGCACGGGCAUGAGAGCCCAUUCAUUUGAAUGGACUCCCGUGUCCGUGACACACAGAGAAGAAGUCCCUGCACUUCUUUGGAAAACGCAGCCCGCAUGGAAACCUCUGUUCCCAGUAUGGUUGCGUUUUCCAGUGUGGGCGGCGUGCCAUUAGAACUAAUGGCACCCGCCCUCGGGUCCGCAUUUCUCUGUGCGGGUGGUUUUCAUGUGGAUUUUCAUGCGGAUCCGCAGUGGCGCCACCCACACAGAUGUGAACCUAGCGUCAAGGCUAGGUACACACCUAUGCAGGUUGCGUUUGACCCAUUUCUGCAUUGUGUUUUGCGUUUU